AUGCUAUUAUGUAAAAUGUUUUUCAGAUCCAUGUCUGGCAUUACUAAUAUUUUCUUGAAAAAGUGUUUACAUCCUCAAAAGAAAUUUUCUACCUAGGAAGUAAAAAUGAUUUUGCAGUUUAUUAAGGAAACAUUUUUUCUCCUCAUGACUGUGUUUGGCAUUCUGGGAAACAUGUCUGUUUCUGUGAAUUAUAUGUUCAGUUGGUGGGGAAGCCCUGAGAAGAAACCCAUACACCUUAUUCUCACUCACUUGGCUUUUACAAAUAUCAUACUUCUGCUUUCAAAAGGAUUGCAAAAGACAAUAAUAUUUUUUGGUUUGAGAAACUUCCUGGAUGACAUAAGCUGUAAGGUCAUUGUUUACCUGGAGAGGGUGGCCCGGGGCCUCUCCAUCUGCACCAGCAGUCUCCUCACUGUGGUCCAGGCCAUCAUCAUCAGUCCCAGAGCAUCUGGGUGGAGCAAGCUCAGGCCAAAGUCUGCAUGGCACAUCCUUCCAUUCUUCUCAUCCUUUUGGAUAUUUAAUGCUUUAAUAAGUAUGAACCUAAUCCAUUCCAUCAAAAGUAUAAGCCUGAAUAUGUCACAGCUUAAGAAUGGCAAUAGCUAUUGUUACUUUACACUAGAAAGUCAGAAAAUAAAAUGGAUUGUUCUCCCUCUCAUGGUCCUGAGAGAUGCAGUGUUCCAGGGUGCCAUGGGAGGGGCCAGUGGCUACAUGGUGUUUCUUCUCCACAAGCAUCACCAGCAUGUCCUCUAUCUUCAGAACUCCAAGCUUCUCUACAGAACUCCCCCUGAGCUGAGAGCUGCUCAGAGUGUCCUCCUUCUGAUGCUCUGUUUUGUUUUCUUCUACUGGAGUGAUUGUGCUCUUUCUCUGUUUCUAAGUCUGUCAUUAGGAGACAGUUCCUUGAUGAUAAAUAUUCAAGAGUUUCUGACCCUUGUUUAUGCAAUCCUCAGCCCCCUUGUGCUGAUUCACAGGGAUGGGCUUAUACCUGAAUGUUGGCAUUCUAAGUGA